AUGGCUCUCAUCUCCACCCUGUUUGCCUUGACUCUUGUGGCCCAGAUCGGUGCCUUCGACCUGGGCCAGUCAACCCGCUGUGUGCCCAUUCCUCGCCAGCUAAGUGUGUGCCAUGACGUGGGCUACUCAGAGAUGAGGCUGCCCAACCUCUUGGGACACAUUAGCCUGGAAAAGGAAGUGGUGCCUCGCUCCGAGGACUGGCGAUCCCUGCUGCAGACUGGAUGCCAUCCUCAGGCCCAGGCCUUCGUUUGUUCCCUCAUUGCUCCCAUCUGCCUGGACACGUUUAUCCAGCCAUGCCGUAGUCUCUGUGAGGCUGUGAGAGAGAGCUGUGCCCCUGUCUUGGCCUGUCAUGGCCAGUCAUGGCCUGAAGCUCUGAACUGCAACCGUUUCCCUGCUCAGGAGGACAUGUGUCUGACCCCAAUGCCCAAGCAUAUCAGCCGUUUCUCUAAAGAUAUGCCUCAGGCUGUCUGCCAGACAUGUCCCACGGUGGAGGAGCUGCCUUCUCUGAAAAAAGUGCUAGACGCUCUCUGUCUCAGUGACUUUGCGAUCAAAGCCAAACUGUUCCGCCGUCGCCUGCUCUCAACAGAGCCGGAGCUGGAGGUGGAAGGGAAGGUUGAUUUUAUCCAGCGGGGCCCGCUGCUUCCAUACGACACCGCUAACCUGCUACAGCAGUGGAUGCUUCUCAACCUGCGCUGCUCCCACACGCUGGUCCGUCCGGGCCGAGCACAGCUUUAUUUCAUAACCGGCACGAUGCAAACCGACGGGACCAUCGCCCUUACAUACCUCUUUCCUUGGCUAAAGAAAGAUCUUCACAUCGCCUCCGCGACGCGCAAAUGGAAACACUACAAGUGCUGAGCGAGUGGACGUUUUGUUCUCUUCUCGGUAUGACAGCAGAGAACUAUACUAUACAAUAGCCUGUGUAUAAAGAAAGACUAUUUGAUCUGGUGUUUGAAGGUGAGGUCAAGUAAAGACCUUGCUGGAGCUGGCUCCUACUGUCAGGUCUUUAUUUUUCUCCUCUGGUUAGGCCAGCAUCUCACACGCAGCUUCUUAAGCACAUAGAAAUGUAAUGCACUCUGAAUUUUGUACAUAAAAAGUCUAGAGUAAAAUGAUUUGUAAAUAUAUUUUAUA